AAUUAAUUAGAAGAAAAAACGAAGCUGAAACCAAAAAAUGGAUAAAAAUAGCAGUGAUACCGAACAAAUAACUAAAUCCAAGGAUUUUGUCCUAGAUUGUGAAAUGUCCUGCGAAUUGGAUCUAGGAGAUCCUCCUCAGGAGUUAAAGGAGUAUAGCAAAAAAGAACUUGGUGAAGAUCCUGAUACAAUUGCCAAAGUUUUGCAGGAUUUCAGGGAUCUUAUAUAUGAAAGAGGAGAAUGCAAUCCACAUAGAAUGGACGACAAAUAUCUAACUAGAUUCUUACGAGCAAGAGGAUUCCAUUUGGAAAAAGCACAUAGACUGAUGGUAAAAUACUAUAAUUUCAAAGAAGAUAAUCCCGAAUAUCACGAAGACGUCAACCCCUUAGAUCUCCGACACAUUGGCGAAGAUGACAUUAUGACUGUUUUGCCAUAUAGAGAACAGACAGGACGUCGGAUAUUGCUUUAUAGAAUCGGUAAUUGGGAUCCAAGUAAAUUCGGCAUCGAGGAAUUAUUCAAGGCGACUCUGGUGAUUUUGGAGUUAGGCGUUUUGGAGCAAAGGGCUCAAAUUUUGGGAGGCGUUUGCAUUUUCGACCUGGCGGACAUCACUAUGCAACACGCCUGGCACGUAACGCCAUCUGUUGCCAGGAAAGUUGUCGAACUCAUGGUGACAAGUUUUCCCAUGAAGACUUAUGCAAUUCACAUCCUGAAUCAAUCGUGGGUUUUUGAGGUUAUUUUUGCGAUCUUCAGGCCGCUUUUAGACGCCAGAAUGCGGGACAGGAUUUUUUUUCAUGGUGCUGAUAUGGAAAGCCUCCAUCAGCACAUAGAUCCUAAAUAUUUGCCGGAGGUUUAUGGAGGUUCGAGAGAAGAGUGCCCUUAUUAUAUGUGGUUUGACAGUUUGAAGUACAAUGUUGAGGUUAUGGACGAAUUAGCCUCCUUGGGCUACCGUUCGGAGGACAAGGAUGUUGGGGUUUAUAAACCUACUAGGACAAAUUUUGAGGAAUAA